AUGGCUCAAGGUUACCUUGGGUUUGACAAUGAUACAGAGAUGAAGGUAAUAGGCCAAGACUAUUUUGAUUAUUUGGCAUCACGAUCAUUCUUCCAAGAGUUUCAAAAAGAUGAAGAUGAGAAUAUCAUAAACUGUAAGGUGCAUGAUAUUGUUCAUGACUUUGCUCAAUAUCUUAGUAAAAAUGAAUAUUUUACUGUAGAAAUCAAUGAAGGCAGCAAGGAGCUAGUCAUAAACACUUCCAAUGAGAAAGCCCGACAUUUAAUGUUAACGCUUAAACACGGGGCUACAUUUCCCAUCUCCAUUUGUAGCAUCAAAAGUUUGCGGAGUCUCUUAAUUGAUUGUAAAGGUUUUAUGGAUUUGGUGACUAAUGAUGUUCUACCAAAUCUCUUUGGUGAAUUGACAUGUUUAAGGGCGUUAGACAUAAGUUUGGGAUUCCCAGGUGCGAAUUUGAUUACAACAAUUCCAACAGAGGUAAAAAAAUUGAUACAUUUGAAAUAUCUGAAUUUGUCUGGUCAUGAUAUGGAAAAACUUCUGGAAACUUUAUGUGAGUUAUACAAUCUGCAAACUUUAGAUAUUUCUCGGUGCAGGGAGAUUAAAGAACUGCCUCAAAGGAUGGGGAAGUUGAUAAACUUGCGGCAUUUGAUUAAUCAUGAUACAUUUUUAUUAAGUUACAUGCCCAAGGGAAUUGAGAAAUUAACUUGUCUCCAAACAUUGAGUAAAUUCAUCGAAAAUAGCAGCAGCAGUGAUGGUGGUAAAGCAUGUAGUACUCUUGCAUGCUUGAAAGAUUUGAAACAUUUAAGAGGAAGGCUUGAAAUUAGAGGGCUAGGAAAUGUGACCAAUGUGAGUGAGGUUAAGAGAAUGCAAAUUCUCAGCAGUAAGAAAAGCCUCUUUGAUUUAAUGCUAAUGUUCGAUAAAGAUGGAGAAGGAGAGAGGAAAAAAGAUGAUGAUGAGUUACUUCUUGAGGCUUUGCAACCGCAUCCAAAUUUAGAGAAAUUAGAUAUAUGUCAUCACAGAGGCAGCACUUUUCAUUCUGAUUGGAUCAUGUCAUUAACCGGGCUGAGGGAAUUGCGUCUUUCCUGUUACCGAAAUUGUAUUUAUUUGUCUCCCUUGGGAAAAUUGCCAUCACUUGAAUCACUAACGAUAGCUGGAAUGAGUGUGAAAAACCUAGUUACAGGAAUCGAAAGCGAUGGUGCAUUUUCAUCGUCUACAUCAGUUAUUCUCUUUCCCAAGUUGAAAGUUCUUGAAUUCUGGCAUAAUUACGAAUGGGAAGAGUGGGAUUACGGGAAUACAAUCUUGCCAUGCCUUGCUUCUUUGUCAAUCAAUUACUGUAGAAAAUUACGUGCACUGCCCGAUGGCCUUUUCCAGGGGGCAAAAAAUCUACAACAUUUGGAGAUUUAUGAAAGUGAUCUUUUGGAAGAACGUUACAGAAAGGGAACAGGAGAGGACUGGCAAAAGAUCACCCACAUUCCCAACAUCAAAUUCACCGGUGAUUGGUGA